AAUUUUUCGCCAAAUUAGCAACAUUCGUAGCAAUCAUAUGUUUUCCGGGCAGUAUUUAAUUAAAGUGUAUGUGAGAUUCUCUUGUUUUCCAAUUUAAAAUUCUUCUCAACAAAAAUUUUGAUUUGUUUAAAAUAUCAGCUCAAACAAGGACACAGAGUGAAAUAUAAAAAGUGUCGUGAGAAAAGCGCAAAUAAAUGAAAUUUCGUAAAUAUUACUAAGUCAAGGUCGCGUGCGACAAAAGCUGCACUGAAACGAAUCCGUGUAUCAAAUCGAAAGAAGAUAUCGUGAAUGUGUGUUAUUCCCGCAAAGGGCAAUGCAGCAAAGACUGGGACAACUUCAAUUGCAGGAGAAGCAGAUAAAUUAUACGUCACAAUUAGCAUUGUUUAACAAAAGUAACUUUAUUUAAGCAGCAAUAGAGUAAAGUUGCGUCACCUGCCGGUAUAGGUGCUGAUUCAAUUUACGGUGCGGCAAAUACUUAUUUACAUAUUUUACGCUUUCAUUCGGUGCUUGAACAACAAACCCAAAAGUGCAAAUCAUGUCCACCACGUUGGAGGGAACACUUAGUAAAUGGACAAAUGUGAUGAAAGGUUGGCAAUAUCGCUUUUUUGUGCUAGACGAGAAUGCUGGCCUAUUGUCAUACUAUACGUCGAAGGAGAAAAUGAUGAAAGGUGUACGUCGCGGCUGCGUGCGCCUCAAAGAUGCUGUUAUCGGCAUAGACGAUCAAGAGGACAACACCUUUACAAUAACUGUGGAUCACAAGACAUUUCAUUUUCAGGCGCAACACAGCGAAGAACGCGAAAAGUGGGUUAGACGACUUGAGGACACCAUACGACGGCAUGCGAAUCGCUCUCGUCUGUGGGACAAUCAAAGCACUUUCUACCUUGGCGGCUAUCAGAAGGAUGUGGUAGGCAACAAACGUGCAAACCACUUGGAAUUACUCGGUCGACGUGUGUCGGAAGCGGACGCAUACUUGCAGUUGAUCAUCGAGCAGACGAAUAAAAUCAACGCACGCAUUGAGAAUAUAACGGAUGCUGAGGAAAAGGCCAAGUGCAAAGCGCUGCAGGAUAACGCCAAUGCCAUGCUGGAUCAUAUCAAACAUUCUAUUGUAAGUCUACAAAUUGCCAAAAAUAUGGCGCAUCCAAUCAACGGCAUCUACAAUGGACCCAUAAUUGCGAGCACUGACAGCAACAGUGCCACCGCCAGUCCGACCAGCACGAAUGCGGGCACAUCUGUUGGCGCAACAACAGCGGCGAAGGUGGCGCCACUCAAUAGUGCAGCGGAUGCGGCAGCGAGUGGCAAACUGGAUGCGAGCGGUGGCGAGGAGGAGGAGGAUUCCACCACGGAGAAUGGCUUAUUGCCGCAAAGACUGCCACGUGCUGCCGCCGAUGUGCAUGAACUUGAACAACAAUGCAGCCUAUAUAAACAACAACAACAACAGGCGGAACAACAAUACCAACAAUUACGCUUCCGUUAUCAAUACUCACAUCAAUACAACAACAACAACGUCGGCAUGUCUGGCCCCAUCGCCACCAGCAUCGAUAUCGUUGACAUAAUCGCCGAUGGCAUUGCGUACGGCACUGCGGCCGAUAUUGCCACCGGUGCGUUUGGUGCAACAACCGCUCCACUCGCUGUAGAUGUGCCUGAGACCUCGUAUUCCAGCAGCGAAGAUGAAGAGGAUUUCUAUGAUGCAAACGAUGAUCCAUUCACCAGUAUGGGAAAUUCGCCGAGCUACGCCACGCGUGGCUUUUCCGUGGAAACCACAUCGCCAACCUAUGAAAAUGCACCGGAAACACAACCACAAAAGGGUAGCGCCUCAGUGGACGCCAGCGCCAAGUCUUCGAUUGUCGAUCGUCUGGAUGAUUAUCAAACAGCAUUGACAACGGUAUCAGAGACUUUACCCGCCGGUACGCCGACCAGCGCUACAUCGUCGACGGCGCAACCGUUAAGUGGCGCUAAAACAUUCCAAAAGUACGGCGACGAUGAUGGAUCCAUCGAUUACGAUGCACUCUACGAAGAGGAGGAGGACUCGACGAUCAGCAUGGAAGCGCACGGUUCAAUGAUUUCACAUCUCAUAUCACAAGUCAAGAUCGGUAUGGACCUGACGAAGGUCGUGCUGCCCACUUUCAUCUUGGAGCGACGCUCAUUGUUGGAGAUGUACGCCGAUUACUUUGCACAUCCGGAUCUCUUUCUACGAAUUGCUGAGAUGGAAUCGCCACGCGAACGCAUUGUGGAGACAUGUCGGUGGUAUUUGAGUGCCUAUCACGCUGGUCGUAAAAGUGCGGUGGCCAAAAAACCAUAUAAUCCCAUAUUGGGCGAGGUGUUUCAAUGCUAUUGGGAUUUGCCAGGCGAAACACCCGAUGAGCAAGUAGUUAAUGAUGGACCUGUGCCCUGGUGUCAUCGCAAUCAGCUGACAUUCUUAGCCGAACAGGUUUCGCAUCAUCCGCCAAUUUCCGCCUUCUAUGCUGAGCAUGUCAAUAAGAAAAUUACAUUUUCCGCGCACGUUUGGACGAAAUCGAAAUUUCUGGGCCUUUCAAUUGGCGUACACAACAUCGGUGAAGGUAUUGUGACGCUGGUGGAUCACAGUGAGGAAUACAUUGUCACGUUUCCGAAUGGCUACGGCAGAUCGAUUUUAACCGUCCCUUGGAUCGAAUUGGGAGGCACCGUCGAAAUACGUUGCCCGCAAACCGGUUAUCACGCCACAAUUGAGUUCUUAACCAAGCCAUUUUAUGGCGGCAAGCGCAACAAAGUGACGGCUGAGAUUUAUGCGCCCAAUGAGAAGAAACCGUUUGUUUCGAUAGCGGGCGAGUGGAGCGGCCUCAUGGAAGCCAAAUGGCAUGAUAAAAAUAAAACUGAAGUAUUCGUAGACGUAAAUCGUAUUCCAAUAUUUAAGAAACAAGUUCGACCAAUCGUUGAACAAGAAGAAUAUGAAUCCAGACGCGUGUGGAAGGAAGUGACCGCGGGACUCAAAUUUAACGACAUCGAAAAGGCCACAAAUGCUAAAUGCGCCGUGGAACAAAUACAGCGUGAUGAAGCGAAGAAUCGCAAAGACACAGAAACACAGUGGGAACACAAGUAUUUCCGGCCCGUUGGCGAUAACUGGAUCUACGCUAAGCCACUUAGCCAGCGCGUUUAUCAGCAAGAGAAGGAGAGCAAAAGAUAAUAAAGAUGUCACGGCAAUCAAACACCAGGCACCGAGACCGAAACUCCGACGACAAGUGAAGAUAAAUUGGAAGAAGAACAAGAGCAAGACUAAAAAGAUUACAAAUAAACUAGCAAAAUGGUGUAAAUGUAUGCGAAAGCAGCUGAUGUGUGUGUGAAAGGCGAUUUAUAAGCUGUAGCAUGCAUACAAGCAUUCAUAUCAAAGAACGUGCCGACGUGAAGAGCUGACGAUGACGAUGACGAAGACGCCAAAGGCAGAGGAGUAGAGUGGAGUGCACACAGGAAGCUCACACCCCAGUACACUACUAUAUUUUAAGAUGCUGUCAUGUGCUACAUUUCGAAAAUGUUUGUAUGUAGUUACUUACGAAGCCACACGACGCAAAGGACAACGAAGACGGAUGUAAAAUGCAAAUAGAAAUAGAAAUGAUGUAAACGAAAUAGACAAUGCUGUGAGGUACAAUAUUCCUGCAUCCCCCCGGAGUACUUUAGGACAGUAUUUUUGCCGCCUAGGUGCAAUACGCAAAUGCGCACCGUUAUAUCUGUAUGGGCACGAAUGUGGUGUGGCCAGUGUGUGCGAAAUGCGAAAUGGUUGUGUGACGGUCGAAAGAGUUACGGAUGUGCGCCGUUGAUAUAUAUACAUACAUACAUGCAUACAUACAAACAAAGAUAUGUGAACCUGUAGCUGUUAAGCCAAUGUUGCCGGAACAUAUAAAAAAUCGUAUUAAAAUAGGUUAAAUGCAAAUAAAAUUUACAACUUACUUUAUUGAAGAAACCAACAAACUGAUAACCAACCACAAUUACAUAAAUAUAGCACUCGUAAGGCAUUUUAAGUGAAAUUGUAAAAAUUAACUAAAAUACACAAAACAACAACAACAAAAAUCUCCAAUGCAAUAAGGCGUGCAAACGUACAUACAUACAUACAUACGAAGCAAGUGAAAAUUAAAUAAAAAUAAAAAUUAAAAAAAUAUAAAUUAAACAAAACUAACAAUAAGAACAAUGUGCGCGCGCAACUUGUUUGCGUUCAUAUCGCUGCUGGUGCAUAUCGUCACCUAAAAUGCAAAAUAACGUAACCUAACUUUUCAUAAGUUUACAGGCGAAGGAAAGACGAUAAAAUAGAAACCACUCGAAUUGAAACAAAAUUUGAGUUUUGGUUAUAAAAUUGUUA